GGCACUGAUCCUGCGGAGGGGAAACCUCCGGCUCGACUCCUUUGUUUGGCGAGAAAGCGCUCAGGAGAGGAGUAAAGUUUCGAGGCAUCGUGGAGGCUCCUUAGUUUACUUCAGGCUCCCCUUCCUUCGGCUUUAACAGAUUUAACCUGUCGCCUCCAUUAUUAUGUUUGACAGUCGGAGUUGAAGCAAAUGAGUGGCUCAGAAAACUGCUUCUGCAAGGCAGCUUCUUUUGAUUUAAUUCCUGUGGCUUAAGUCACCUUGUUACUUAAGGUGAAUUUCCUGUGAUGUCGCCUGCCUUGGGAGCGGAAGCAGAGAAAACAGCAGUGUUGCCAAUGAUUAACAGAGAUGGAAAUGGAUCUGAGGGGAAACGAGUGAAGAAAAAUGUUCGGCUUUCAUAAACCGAAGAUGUACCGGAGCUUAGAUGGUUGCUGUAUCUGCAGAGCCAAAUCUUCCAGUUCACGUUUCACUGACAGCAAGCGUUAUGAAAAGGAUUUCCAGAACUGCUUUGGUCUGCAUGAGGCCCGCUCAGGUGACAUCUGCAACGCAUGUGUGCUCCUUGUGAAAAGAUGGAAAAAGCUGCCAGCAGGAUCAAAAAAGAACUGGAAUCAUGUGGUAGAUGCAAGGGCUGGACCAAGUCUUAAAACAACACUAAAGCCAAAGAAGAUGAAGACUCUUCCAGGCAGCAGGAUGAAGAGCAACCAGAUAAGCAAGUUGCAGAAAGAGCUGAAGCGGCACAACUCUGAUGCCCACAGCACCACCUCAAGUGCCUCUCCUGCCCAGUCACCCUGCUACAGCAACCAGUCUGAUGAUGGGUCAGACACCGAAAUGACCCCUGGCUCCAGCCGCACACCUGUCUUCUCCUUCUUGGAUCUUACCUACUGGAAAAGGCAAAAAGUUUGCUGUGGAAUUAUUUACAAAGGUCGCUUUGGAGAAGUCCUUAUAGACACUCAUCUCUUCAAACCCUGCUGUAGUAAUAAAAAGUCCACAGCCGAGAAGCCUGAACUGCAAGGCCCUCAGUCCCCAACCAUGUCCAACCAAGAAGAGUGGUGACUUCCACAGCUAACUGCAACUGACGUAGGUGGAACCCCUUGCUCUCUCUCAAAAUGCUUGAAAGUCAACUGCUCCUCACUUUGGAGGCUUGCUAUGCUGCCAAAAGACUGAUUUUUCUCCUGAACUCCUUAAGGAUUUUUUUAACUGCUUCAGUUCCACUAAUUCAGAAUCCUGUUCUUAUCUCUUCAGAAAAGACUGUAAAUAUUUAAGAUGUGCUAAAAUUCCUUGUUGAGCUGAAUGCUGCUGCAUGCCACCUCUGUUCAGCCUCUUUCCCCUCACAACUGUUCCUCACAUGAUUGACCAUGAGGUUGGUAAAAUAUGUAUGUAGCAUGUAUUUCUGUCAGAGAAGCAGUAGUCACAUUUGGUAUGUUAAAAUUUUAGCCAGUCACUUUUUGUUUCCUCCCUGUGAGGAAAAUAAUAAUUGUUACUCUACAGCAUAGAUUUACAUACUAAAGUUUGUACAGAAUUUCCUUACUAUGUAUAUGUUGUAAAGGUGGGGAGCUCUUAAUUCUUACUACUGAUGUUUGAACAGUGCUGAGGAACAAGGUCAAGCUGAUAUUUUUGGCCUACUAAAAGAGUGUGUUUGAAGGGAAAGAGAGAGAUGAUCAGCGUUAGGCAAAGUUAAUGAGUUCCAAGGUUGGUCAUACAGAGGAGGAAAUGACUUCGUACUGGACCAAGCAAUCUUUCUUCCUACAAAAUGUGGCCCAUGCAUGAUUUAUGGAUGCAGAUUACAGAAUUUUUGGGGGGAGUCAGGAAUUCCUUUGUAGUAAUUUAGACCAACGUUUGCAAAUGUCAUGUUUGCUCAUCUUGUAGCAUUAUAAAAGGCAAACAUUCCAUACCGUUUCCGGUUCUUAUUUGAAUACCAGUUAUGUUUUCUCUGAUUUAGGAUCAAUUAAGCUUCAGCCCUGUACCCACAUACCUGGGAGUAAACCUUGCUGAGCUCAGUCACGGUAUCAGAGGAUUUUUUUUAUUUUUGGACCACAUCUCCCAGAACCCCUCAGCCAUGUUCAAUGAAGAGUUCCAGGAUUUAUGAUCCAAAAAUUUAACAUUUUCAGGGUCUGACUUACGAAACAGAUCAGUGUGAGAUCACAUUUUAACUGCACAAUGUCUCAUUGUUUUCAAUGAGUCUCAUAGA